GGGGGGUGGGGAACCAGCCUGUGUGUGUGGAGAGACAGCAGACCAGCAGGAGUGAGGCCGAGUGUGUGGAGAGACAGCAGGAGCGAGGCCGAGGCCGGUGUGGAGAGACAGCAGGAGUGAGGACGAGUGUGUGGAGAAACAGCAGGAGUGAGGACGAGUGUGUGGAGAGGCAGCAGGAGUGAGGACGAGUGUGUGGAGAAACAGCAGGAGUGAGGACGAGUGUGUGGAGAGACAGCAGGAGUGAGGACGAGUGUGUGGAGAGACAGCAGGAGUGAGGACGAGUGUGUGGAGAGACAGCAGGAGUGAGGACGAGUGUGUGGAGAGACAGCAGGAGUGAGGACGAGUGUGUGGAGAGACAGCAGACCAGCAGGAGUGAGGACAAGUGUGUGGAGAGACAGCAGGAGUGAGGACGAGUGUGUGGAGAGACAGCAGGAGUGAGGACGAGUGUGUGGAGAAACAGCAGGAGUGAGGACGAGUGUGUGGAGAGACAGCAGGAGUGAGGACGAGUGUGUGGAGAGACAGCAGGAGUGAGGACGAGUGUGUGGAGAGACAGCAGGAGUGAGGACGAGUGUGUGGAGAGACAGCAGGAGUGAGGACGAGUGUGUGGAGAGACAGCAGACCAGCAGGAGUGAGGACAAGUGUGUGGAGAGACAGCAGGAGUGAGGACGAGUGUGUGGAGAGACAGCAGGAGUGAGGACGAGUGUGUGGAGAGACAGCAGGAGUGAGGACGAGUGUGUGGAGAGACAGCAGGAGUGAGGACGAGUGUGUGGAGAGACAGCAGGAGUGAGGACGAGUGUGUGGAGAGACAGCAGGAGUGAGGACGCUGGUGCUGCGCUUGUUUUUCAUUCAUCAGUUGCUUGUGAUGGCUCUCUGGGCCGGGGCCUGUUCCUAAGUAACGCCAAGCCGUUGUGUUGCUAGGAGACGUGGAUCUGCCAAUAAAUGCACGAGUGACUGAAUUGAUACCAUAUUUUUGAGGCACCUGUGUAUCCAAUGGUCGGUCUAAGAGGAUGGCUACCACAGUGCUGGGAGUGGGCACCGGAGUGUUCGUGCUAGCUGUUAUUUGGGUGAUAACGCUGCUGCUCUGCAUCAUCCUUGCUCGAGCGUCUGGUGCAGCACGAUUCUUCAGCAUUUUGCUCCUCUUCCUGGCCGUGAUCCUCACCCUUAUUCUGGUGUAUUUUCCACGAGACAGCCAGACUCCCUCAACAGUAACAGAGGUUCAGAUCGUGGACACGUUCUUCAUUGGCCGCUAUGUCCUGAUAUCCGUUAUGAGUCUGAUCUUCCUGGGGAGCCUGUUCCUGGCCCUGGUGUACUACGCCCUGGAGCCUGUCUAUGCCAAGCCUCUGCGAGCCCGGUAAUGCCGCAGGACAGGAAACUCCUCUUUCUGUUUCCGGGUGACUUUUUACUCCUGUACUUUGGAAAUUAGGUACUGAGCUUAUGUUUGUAUUGUGCAUUCUGGUACCGGUACUCCUUUAUUUUAAUAAUAAAAUCUAUGUUUGUAACAA